AUGAAGCUGUUAGCUUUGGGUCUGCUUUUGAUGAUGAGCUUUUCAGUGCUUGCUCAACCAAGCGACCGAAUCAUUGGAGGGUAUCCCUGCCAACCGAGUUCCCGGCCCUACCAAGCAGCCCUUGUAACUGGACGCCGAGGCAACUGGAACAUUUACUGUGGAGGCAGCUUAGUGAAUGAAUGCUGGGUGCUCUCUGCCGCUCACUGCAGACCCAGGCGAGGUAUGAAGGUGUGCCUAGGGAAGCAGGAUCUCAAAAGGGUUGAAAGCACAGAGCAGUGCUUGGAUAUUGCGGAAGUCAAAGUACACCCCGAAUACAACCGAGCCCAGAACAACAAGGAUUACAUGCUGCUCCGGCUCCGACCCUGUGCCAGAAUCACCGAUGCUGUGAGGCCUGUUGAACUGACCCCCGACUGCCCUAACGGUGGAGAGCAGUGCACCGUCUCUGGCUGGGGCACCAUCCAAUCUCCUCAAGCAAAGCUUCCGAACAUUCUGCAGUGUGCAGACGUCAACGUCGUUCCACGGGAGCAGUGCAAUAGAGCUUACCGUGGUGCUGUUACGUCAUACAUGAUGUGUGCUGGAGUACAGGAAGGAGGCACUGAUUCCUGCCAGGGUGACUCUGGCGGUCCACUCACCUGUGGCGGGAAGCUCGAAGGCGUGGUUUCUUGGGGGACGUAUGUGUGCGCGCAGAAGGGGAACCCAGGAGUAUACGCCAAAGUCUGCUGUAUUGUGCCAUGGAUCCAGCAAACGAUAGGAAAUAGACUGUAUUGAGUCACCCAAUCCAGCAGUUCAGAACUUAGUGGAGGAAAUAAA